AUGUCAGGCCAUGGCUUCCCACACCAUCCGGCAUAUGAAUACCGGGCUGCUCAUCAGCACAGUGUCUUUCUGCAUGCUCCAGUUCCUCUACCAGGAAUGCCGCAACAUUCACUAGCCAGCAUGGAACGGAUGGCGCAUAAUAUCGGAGGACAAGGUGCACCACAGCAACUAUAUCCUGAUGCGGUGCUUAACUCAACACAACACCCUGGCUUUGUACCAAAUAUUCCAACGCACCAUCGAUCCUCACACCCUUUCGGAUAUCCAGAAGCUCAGAUGCUCCCAAAUCCUCUUCAUCUUCCUCAUGGACCAGGAACCUCAGCUCAAGGACCAUCACAGCAAGAUGCUGUCGAUCUUCAUCAGCAGCUUUUGGAGAAAAUUAAACAGUUGGAAGCACAGAUUGAAAAGGAGAAGGAGAAAACGAUGAAACUGAGCACAAAAUGGCUGGAUCAGCAACAACGUCAGAUGAGGGACGAGGAAUAUUGGAAUUAUAGAAUUCAACUGAAGCAGUCAGAAGUCCAAGGCUGGUAG